UGUCAAAAGUACAGAGGAGGGAGAAAGUUAGUGCCUCCGCGGUGACACCUCGAGAAUGAAAAGCAGUUCAUUGAUGGGCUACCCAGACGCACGGGGCGAGUGGGAGGGUCUGCCGUUGUGCCACACCACUUUACGCUCUGAAGCUGUAGCACUGAGGAGGUUAUCAUUACAAGUGUGGAUUACCCAGGUGACUAGACCGAUGAGAUGAUACUGAAACACAACAGGAGUCCUCUUCUGCUCACCCUCACCUGCAUGUACUUCUCAGGAGGUUUGCUUUGGUCCUACCAAGAAGAGGAUGCCAGUAACGGUGGAGAGUGCUCUGAAAAUAAAAUUUCUACAACAAAGUACCCCUGUGUGAAGUCGACUGGGGAAGUUACGACAUGUUACAGAAAGAAAUGUUGCAAGGGCUUCAAGUUUGUGUUGGGCCAGUGCAUUCCUGAAGACUAUGAUGUGUGUGCUGGCGCCCCCUGUGAGCAACAGUGUACUGACCAUUUUGGUCGAGUGGUGUGCACCUGUUACCCAGGCUACCGCUACGACCGUGAGCGCCACAGAAACCGAGAGAAGCCCUACUGUAUGGACAUUGACGAAUGUGCAGACAAAAACACGACCGUAUGCUCUCAGAUCUGCCUCAAUUCUGCGGGGAGCUACAGGUGUGAGUGUGAGAAAGGCUAUUUCCUGGAAGAAGAUGGGAAAACAUGCACCAAGGGGGAGAGAGCAGUGCAUCUCUUCGAGAAGUCUGACAAUGUGAUGAAUACAGGAAGUUGCUCAGCCACGUGUGACGAUUUCCUCCAGAUCAAGAUGUCUGUCCUGCAGCUUAAACAGAAGAUGGCCAUGCUGUCAAACAGUGCUGACGUCCCUGAGCAAAUGACCAGCGAGAAAAUACAGACGUCGCCCAUAUUUUUACCAGGGCCUCCCGGUCUCCCUGGUCCUCCAGGAGAUCCAGGACCAGAGGGCCCUUCAGGACUUCCAGGACUAUUGGGGCCCCCUGGGCCUUCUGGUCCCAGAGGCUUGAUGGGACCCAUUGGACCCACACCAGACCUGUCCCACAUCAAACGGGGCCCCAGAGGAGCCGUGGGGCAUCCAGGAGCACCAGGAAAAGAUGGCUUAAAGGGGGAUAGAGGAGCUCCCGGGCCUGUUGGAUCACCAGGCCCUCCAGGCUCCUUUGAUUUCCUGCUUCUGCUCAUGGCAGAUAUCCGCAACGACAUAGCUGACCUGCAGAGCAAGGUGUAUGGUCGGCCGAUGCACUCGGCAGGGGAGGACUUUCCUGCGGUCCCUGACAGCUGGCGGGACAACCAAGACAAUGUGGACACGGGCUCAGGUGAGGACUACAAGGAACCUCCACCUCGAACAGGCGGAGGGUCCAAGAGGAACAGAAAGAAGAAACCAGCACGAGAGAGAACAGACUUUGACUGAAAUAUUUAAAGAGAGUGGGUUUAAAUACAGGUGUAAAUAUUAAAGUGGGUAGCUUUUUUUUAUUUAACAGUUUUUAAACAGAGUGUAUUGUAUGCCUUUUCAUCACAGAUGUUUAUUUUUGUAUGAUAUACGAGAUUUUGUGUGAAUGUUUUUUAACAAAAUGGAGUAGACUGUGCCAAAUGCAUGUUUAAUUUUAUAUUUUCAGAAACAUAUGGUUCCCUCAAAGCACAUUAAACAAGUCUCUCAUGAAA